AUGGACUACUAUGAGCUGCUCCAAGUUCCUCGUGGCGCUACCGAGCAGGAGAUCAAGAAAGCCUAUCGCAAACUUGCGAUGAAAUGGCAUCCUGACAAAAACAAGAACAACAUGAUGGAGGCUCAGUACCGUUUCCAGGAGAUCUCGGAGGCUUACGACGUGUUGAAUGAUCCAGAACGUCGUGCCAUCUUCGACCAGUACGGCUACGACGGUCUCAAGAACGGAGUACCGGACGAAAACGGCGACAUGCGCGACGGCUACGCCUUCAACGAACGAGCGUCCGAGGACGUGUUCAAUAAGUUUUUCGGAACGAACAACCCGUUCGGUGACUUCGGAUUUGGUGAUACACUCCCGUUUGCGAACUCUCUGCGUAAGAAAGGUCCCAAGAAAGCGGAGCCCAUUGUGUGUGAUCUGGUAUGCACGUUGGAAGAGCUGUUCCUGGGGACGUCCAAGUCUACGGUCGUUGCACGCAAACGACUGCAGAAUGACGACUUGGUUGACGACGCCAAGACUUUCGUGGUCAAGAUCAAGCCUGGCUGGAAGGCUGGCACCAAGAUCACGUUCGAUCGGGAAGGCAACGAGACUCGAACCAACGAAGCUGGAGAUGUGGUCUUCCAAGUGGUGCAGCAAGAACACAAUCUGUUCAAGCGUGACGGUGCUCACCUUGUGUUUACGGCCAAGUUGAAGCUGAGCGAGGCAUUGGGCGACUACUGCGUGGAGGUGCCGACGUUGGAUGGUCGCAAGCUGGCCAUAUCAUGCAACGAAGUGGUGAAUCCCAGCUCAGAGAAGGUGGUGAAGAAUGAAGGCAUGCCGAUCUCUAAUAAACCAGGCGAACGCGGCGAUCUGCGCAUCAGAUUCGACAUUACCUUCCCUCGCCAUCUCACGACACUCCAGAAGACAGCUCUAGCAAAAAUCUUAGGCUAG